AUGACCACCCGGCAGCGUCCUCCGCCGUCAGCACCGUCGCGUCGUCCACCGGAACCCGACCCAUCUGAUAAAUCCAUUUACAACAUCAUCCCAAUUAAUAACCUUCUAGCUGACCACCCAUCUCUUAGUUAUCCCGAAGUACGCGCCGCCACAGCCGCUCUACGCGCCGUUGGUGACCUCCGUAAACCACCCUUUGUUCCAUGGCAGCAACACUACGACCUUAUGGACUGGCUCGGUGCCUUCUUCGGUUUCCAAGACGCCAAUGUCUCAAACCAACGCGAACACCUAGUCCUCCAUCUCUCCAACGCCCAGAUGCGACUCGAGCCACCGCCGGACAACGUCGACACCCUCGAUCCCUCCGUCCUCCGCCAUUUCCGACGUAAACUCCUCAGCAACUACACACACUGGUGCUCCUUCCUCGGCCGUAAAUCCAACAUCUGGAUCUCCGACUCACGCCGCGGAUUCUCCGCCACCGACCACCGUCGAGAGCUCCUCUACGUGGCUCUUUAUCUACUUAUCUGGGGUGAGUCCGCCAAUCUACGAUUUAUACCUGAAUGUAUUUGUUACAUAUUUCAUCAUAUGGCUAUGGAAUUGAAUAGAAUACUAGAAGAUUACAUCGAUGAGAACACAGGUAGACCUGCGUUACCCUCCAUAUCUGGAGAAAAUGCAUUUCUAAAUCGUAUUGUUACACCCAUUUAUGAGACUGUUAAGGCCGAGGUAGAAAACAGUAGAAAUGGGACUGCACCCCAUUCGGAUUGGCGAAAUUAUGAUGACAUUAACGAGUAUUUUUGGAGCAGAAGGUGUUUCGAUAAAUUGAAAUGGCCAAUUGAUAUUGGGAGCAACUUUUUCGUGACAACCAGUAGAGGGAAAAGGGUUGGGAAGACGGGUUUUGUGGAGCAGAGAUCGUUCUUAAACUUGUUUAGAAGCUUCGAUAAGCUCUGGAUUAUGUUAAUUCUGUUUCUACAGGCUGCAAUUAUAGUUGCUUGGAAAGAAAGAACAUAUUAUCCAUGGGAGGCAUUAGGGGAUAAAAAUGUUCAAGUUAGGGUUUUAACUGUUUUCAUAACAUGGAGUGUAUUACGAUUCGUAAAAUCUCUUCUCGAUGCUGGAAUGCAAUAUAAAUUAGUUUCUAGAGAGACUUUAUGGCUUGGUGUGAGAAUGGUGUUGAAGGCUGUCAUUUCUGCCGUUUGGAUCAUUGUUUUCGUGGUGUUUUAUGUUCGGAUCUGGACUCAGAAGAACAACGAUCAGCGGUGGUCUGCUGCUGCCAAUCGGAAAGUGGUGACUUUUCUUGAGGUUUCUUUGGUGUUCAUGAUCCCUGAGCUUUUAGCAUUAGCCCUUUUCAUUCUGCCAUGGGUUCGCAACUUCCUUGAAAACACUAACUGGCGGAUCUUUUACUUGGUAACAUGGUGGUUUCAGAGCCGAAGUUUUGUGGGUCGUGGACUCCGGGAAGGUCUGGUGGAUAACAUAAAGUAUUCGCUCUUUUGGAUCGUGGUUCUCUCCACGAAAUUUUGUUUCAGUUACUUCUUGCAGAUAAAACCGAUGAUUCAACCCACUAAAGAUUUCUUGGAUCUUAAUGAUGUGACUUACGAAUGGCAUCAAUUUUUUGGUAACAGCAACAGAUUUGCAGUCGGGCUUCUUUGGUUACCUGUUGUCUUGAUUUAUUUGAUGGAUUUGCAGAUUUGGUACUCCAUUUACUCUUCCAUCGUGGGUAUGGGAGUCGGGUUGUUUAACCAUUUGGGUGAGAUCCGAAAUAUGCAACAAUUGAGGUUAAGAUUUCAGUUUUUUGCUAGUGCGAUGCAGUUUAAUCUCAUGCCCGAAGAACAGCUAUUGAAUACAAGAGGGACUCUUCAGAGUAAAUUGAAAGAUGGUGUUCAUCGGUUGAAGCUGAGAUAUGGGUUUGGGAGACCGUUCAAGAAGCUUGAGUCGAACCAAGUGGAGGCCCACAAAUUCGCGUUGGUGUGGAACGAGAUUAUUUUGACAUUUAGAGAAGAAGAUAUAAUUAGUGAUCAUGAAGUCGAGUUACUCGAAUUGCCACAGAAUACAUGGAACGUUAGAGUUGUACGAUGGCCGUGUUUGCUAUUGUGUAACGAGUUACUUCUUGCUUUGAGCCAAGCGAAAGAUUUGGUCGAUGCUCCUGAUAAGUGGCUUUGGUACAAAAUGGCGAAAAACGAGUAUAGACGUUGUGCGGUUAUCGAGACUUACGAUAGCGUCAAGCACUUGCUGCUCACAAUCGUAAAGUUCAACACGCCUGAACACUCGAUCAUCUCGACUUUAUUUCAAGAAAUCGAUAACUCAAUCAACAUUGAAAAGUUCACGAAGACGUUUAACACGGUUACGCUUCCCAAGAUCCACGCGAAACUGAUCAUUCUUGUCGAUCUUUUGAUAAAACCGAACCAAGAUGUCAACAAAGUGGUGAAUACUCUACAGGCAUUAUAUGAGGUUGUUAUUCGGGAUUUCUUUAAAGAUAAGCGGAACAUGGAUCAGCUGAAAGAAGACGGUUUGGCUCCUCACCGGCCACUUCCGGGUGCUGGCCUUCUUUUCGAGAACGCCAUUGAGUUGCCGGAUUCCGGUAACGACAACUUCUAUCGGCAGGCUCGGCGGCUGCACACCAUCCUUACAUCACGAGAUGCGAUGAACAAUGUUCCCGUGAAUCUUGAGGCUCGACGCCGGAUUGCAUUUUUUAGCAAUUCGUUGUUUAUGAACAUGCCACAUGCUCCCCAAGUCGAAAAGAUGAUGGCUUUUAGUGUUUUGACACCUUACUACAAUGAAGAAGUAGUGUACAACAAAGAACAACUUAGAACCGAGAACGAAGAUGGUGUUUCGACUCUUUAUUAUUUGCAGACCAUCUAUGCGGAUGAAUGGAAAAACUUCUUGCAGCGAAUGAAACGUGAAGGGAUGAAAUCAGAAGGCGAAUUAUGGACGGUCAAACUCCGGGAGCUUCGGCUUUGGGCAUCAUAUAGAGGUCAAACGCUGGCUCGAACGGUGAGGGGAAUGAUGUAUUACUAUCGGGCACUAAAGAUGCUCGCUUUUCUCGAUUCCGCUUCCGAGAUCGACAUUCGGGAAGGAGCACGGGAACUCAUGUCGAUGAAACGUGGCGGUGAUUCACAGAACGAAGCGAAAUCAUCGGCAAGGGGCAUAAGUCGAGCGGAUAGUACGGUUAGCACUUUGUUCAAAGGUCAUGAAUACGGAACGGCUUUGAUGAAAUACACAUAUGUAGUUGCAUGUCAGAUAUAUGGGACUCAAAAGGCGAAAAAGGAUCCACAUGCAGAAGAGAUUUUGUAUUUGAUGAAAAACAACGAAGCUCUUCGUGUUGCGUAUGUUGAUGAGGUGCCGGUACGGGACGGAACAGAGUAUUAUUCUGUUCUCGUGAAGUACGAUCAGGAUUUGGAAAGAGAAGUCGAGAUUUAUCGGGUGAAGUUGCCGGGUCCCUUGAAGCUCGGGGAGGGAAAACCUGAGAACCAGAAUCAUGCCAUCAUUUUCACUCGAGGAGAUGCGGUUCAGACCAUUGACAUGAAUCAAGACAACUAUUUUGAGGAGGCACUCAAAAUUCGGAACUUGCUUGAGGAAUACCGGUCCUAUUAUGGUCUUCGUAAGCCGACCAUUUUAGGAGUCCGGGAAAACAUCUUUACGGGCUCGGUUUCUUCGCUUGCUUGGUUCAUGUCGGCUCAAGAAACGAGCUUCGUGACAUUGGGUCAACGUGUUUUAGCAAACCCUUUGAAAAUCCGGUUGCAUUAUGGCCAUCCGGAUGUGUUUGACCGGUUCUGGUUCUUAACUCGUGGUGGGAUUAGUAAAGCUUCUAGAUUAAUCAACUUAAGUGAAGACAUUUUUGCAGGAUUUAAUUGCACAUUACGAGGCGGAAACGUCACUCAUCAUGAAUACAUACAAGUAGGGAAAGGAAGGGAUGUUGGGUUAAACCAAGUAUCAAUGUUCGAAGCAAAAGUUGCAAGCGGAAACGGGGAGCAAGUUCUUAGUCGAGAUGUGUAUCGAUUGGGUCAUAGACUCGAUUUUUUCAGAAUGCUUUCGUUUUACUUCACAACCGUUGGAUUCUUUUUCAACACGUUGAUGAUUGCUUUGACCGUUUACGCGUUUUUGUGGGGCCGGUUGUAUCUUGCGCUAAGUGGGAUUGAGAGUUCCGUGGCGAAUAAUGUAAACACAAACCGAGCACUCGGGACGAUCUUAAACCAGCAGUUCAUCGUCCAACUUGGUCUUUUUACAGCUUUACCCAUGAUUGUCGAAAACUCUCUUGAACUCGGGUUUCUUGCAGCCAUUUGGGAUUUCAUCACAAUGCAGCUACAACUUUCGUCGGUUUUCUUUACCUUCUCUUUGGGCACUCGUGCUCAUUAUUUUGGUCGAACCAUUCUUCACGGCGGAGCAAAAUAUCGGGCAACCGGGCGUGGUUUUGUUGUGCAACACAAGACUUUUGCAGAUAAUUAUCGACUCUAUGCUCGUAGCCAUUUUGUGAAGGCGAUUGAGCUCGGGCUGAUACUCACGGUUUAUGCUGGCUACAGCCCUGUUGCUAAAGGAACGUUUACGUAUAUUGCCUUGACUAUCUCGAGUUGGUUUCUGGUGUUUUCGUGGAUCAUGGCACCAUUCAUAUUCAAUCCUUCUGGAUUCGAUUGGCUGAAAACGGUCUACGAUUUUGAUGAUUUCAUGAACUGGAUAUGGUUUCGAGGAGGUGUGUUUGCAAAAUCCGAACAGAGCUGGGAAACAUGGUGGUAUGAAGAACAGGAUCAUCUGAGGACGACCGGCAUUUGGGGGAAGUUGUUCGAGAUCAUCUUGGAUUUACGGUUCUUCUUUUUCCAGUAUGGGAUCGUAUACCAAUUGGGUAUUGCUGCAAAUAGCAAAAGUAUUGCCGUCUACUUACUAUCUUGGAUCUAUGUGGCGGUGGCUCUUGGAAUUUAUUCGAUUAUAGCAUAUGCCCGCGAUAGAUAUGCUGCUAAAGAACACAUCUACUAUCGGCUGGUUCAGUUUCUUGUUAUCAUUCUUGGAUCGCUUAUAAUCGUCGCGCUGAUAGAGUUCACACAUUUCAAGUUUCUUGAUCUGUUCACGAGUCUGUUGGCAUUCAUUCCAACCGGUUGGGGUUUCCUUUUGAUUGCGCAAGUAUUCCGGCCGGUUUUGCAGAAAACUUGGAUAUGGGGGACAGUUGUUUCUGUGGCUCGUACGUAUGAUAUAAUGUUUGGAGUGAUUAUCUUGACUCCAGUGGCGUUUUUGUCGUGGAUGCCUGGUUUUCAGUCGAUGCAAACGAGAAUCUUGUUUAAUGAUGCAUUUAGUCGGGGAUUGCAGAUAUUCCAGAUCAUUGCCGGAAAAAAAUCUAAAGCCGAAUUGUGAUUUGAGAUUUUCUUCUAAAUGCAGGAACUUUGGACAAAUUUUGAGGCAUUGUUGUUUUUUCUGUUGGGCAAAGACUCGGGUCGGUUCUUGCACCUGUGGUGGUGGUCUAAAUAGUUCAUGUAUGAUGGUAGAUAAAGCAGAUGUCUUGUUAGACUUUGUAGUGCGCAUGUAUAGUAGCCAAGGUUCGUAGAUGUUCCGUUUCAGUUUCUUGGAUGAGGAAGGAGACUCGUUUAUGAUGCACAGGUUUUGAGUUGGAGAUUGAGGAAGAGAGUAGUAGUAGAUUGUAGAUGAUAAUGUAGAGGUACCUGAUUGAUUGCUUUCUUUUGUGGAUUCAGCAAAUAUAUUUCUUGUUUUCUUUUUAUCUUGAAACAACCUCUCUCUCUACCCCUACAUCCUCAUCCUACCCUCCGAGACGCUAUUCAUGUCAUGUGUAGGAUAUUAUAUAAUAUAUUGGGUUUGUUUGGUUGGUUUUCUCAAUUUUGCAAUGUUGGCGUAUGCAGUCAUCGUUUGUUGUAAUAUAACACCAGUUUCU